AGGAGGGGGCAGGAGGCUGUGGGCACAGGGGGCUGUUUAUCCCCCCUUGAGGGCAGUAGAGCCACUGUGGGGGCUGGGGCUGUGACGUUACAGCACUGCUGGGGGUGGGGGGGAGCCACAUCCUGCACCUUGACAUCACACUAGAACUGGGGGCCACAUCCUGCACUCUGACAUCGCGGUGACACUGGGAUUUGGGGGCCACAGCCUGCAUAUCGAUAUCACAGUGGUGCUGGGGCUGAGGGGCCAAUCCUGCACUGGGCACCUGCUCCAGUCCCCAGCAGGACAGGGGACUAGAAUGACCUGCUUGGCACAGAGGAGGCAGAGCCACCCACAGCUUCCCUCGCCCUCAGGCUACCAUGGAACAAUGUAGCACAGAGAGCAGCACUGCAGGCACACAGCCCCCCAGCCAGGGGCAGCGCUGGAGCAGGGCACACCCCAGCAGUCCCCGGGCCCAGCAGGCUGGGGACAAGGGCACAGUGGGACGUCCUGGAGCUGUGCAGGGCACCCGGGGCACUGGUGCAAAGCCUGGCAGGUCAGACAAUGCCAUGUCAGGGGCCCCAGGCUCAGCCAGGCAGAGGCAGGCGGGGCAGUGCCCUCUCCCUCGCUCUGCCCCACCCCGUGCUGGGGACACGAGGCCAGUGAGCUCAGACAGGGCUGUGCUCACACGGCUGGCAUCAGCCACCACCACCAGCCAUCAGGAUGGCCGCCAGUGCUGGCUUGACCUUGAGCUCCUCAAGAAGGCCAAGCUGCAUGUGGAGACAGCCAUUAAGGAAAAGAAGAUCUUCAUGGUGCAGGGCCCCUACCCCAUCAUCCGCAGGCUGCUGCGGGCCCGGGGCUGGGUGGAGAGGAAGCCCCCCAGCGUGGGCAGACAGCUGGAGCAGCAUCGUGGCAACCAACACAAACAGUGGCUGGAGACAGAGGCAAGGGAGGAUGGUGAGGAGCAGGGGGAGGCAGUGCUGAACCCACUUGGUGGGGCACAGCCUGCCCUGGAGAUCACAGAGCUGCUGCACUCCCCAUGGCCACCCACUGAGGAGGAGGAGGAGAAGGAGGAAGAGCAGUGCGAUGAGGACCCCAGUGGCAUCCAUGACCUCAUGUCCUACCUGGUGCGGUACCGAGUGCCAAACUUCGUCUGGGCCAACUGCCUCAGUGCUGUUGACCCUCGGCUGCUGGAGCAGGACCAUGUGGUGAACCACUAUGCCCGAGUGGGUGCCUUCACCACCAAGGAGGGGCUGUGCCUCAGCCUGCAAAACCUGCCCUGGAUCGAGCAAGCAGACCCCAACACCUUCUUCCCACGGUGCUAUCGGCUGGGG